GCCACAAGCGUUUCGCUAGAAAGGGGAGUCCACGGAGUUCUCCAAUCCCGCCAAUCAGAAUCUCUGGAAAUGCAUGCCUCGAGAUUUGUGAGCCAAACCAACAGUUUUGUUGACGGCUUGGAACCGAUCCUACGCCACGCAGCAAUCAGCAUGGUCUCGGGCGCAAACACGCGCCCUCUCGCGGCGGCCUUAGAGAAGCUUCAUGGGCACGCUUCUUUCCUCGGCAUUUCCAUACAAAGCCCCUCCUCAGCCCUCACAGUCUCACACUCCUCUCCUCUCGCUCUGUUUCUUGUUUCCCAAAACCCUAAUAAUCUCUCCAAUUCAUGGAAGAGCCUCAAUGCUCCAGAGCCAUUUUGCCUGCCUCACUCCCACCCGGUUGCCGUUUCUAUCCUUCUGAAGAGCAGCUCCUCUGUUACUAUUUAUCCAACAAGAACGCCGGCGGUAAUUUCCAUGGUUGCGAUCUGAUCAGGGAGAUUGACCUGUACGAUUACGAUCCUUCCCGAUUGCCUGAAAUCGCGUGCUUUUCCUAUGGUUAUCGAGGAAGGAAGAGGCAUUGGUACUGUUAUACUGCCAGGGUUUUGAAGGGUGCUAGAGGGAAGACUAGGAUGGUCAAGACCGGGUAUUGGAUGAGAAAGGGAGGGGCUAGGAAUGUUUUGAAUGGCGGUGGGAAUGUUGUCCUGGGCACCAGGACCACUUUCGUUUUCUAUCUGGGGAGUUCCUCCAAGAACGCUAGCAGGACGAAUUGGAUGUUGUAUGAGUAUGCAUUAGUUGAUCAUCUUAAGGCCUCAUUUGUUAUUUGUCGAGUGUUUUCUAAAGCAUGUCAUAAGAAUAGUGUGUCAGAGAAUGGUAUUUGUUCUUGUGCAGAGGAAAGUUUCUCGGCUAUACGUCACAUCGGCAUUCAGCAUGAUGGAUAUGUUCCACCUGAUAUGGUUGAGACUCAAAUGCGUGGCGAUGGCUCCAUUGAUAGAAAGAUUCCAGUGUCUCCCUUAACACCUCCUAGUGAACUAGAUGACAAUCAAAUUGCGGCUGCAUCAGCUUCUGUUGCUACUUUCCAGUGUUGUGCAGGUCCUCAAGACAGUCAAACGCAGGAAAAUGUUUCUGGACUUCCUGGUGGUGGUGCAAUAUUUGUUGGGGAAUUGGCAUCUCAGCAAGAUUUGCUUUCGAUUCUAGAGGAGGAUUUCAUUGAGUUGGAUGAUCUAGCUUGAUUUAGCUGAUUGGGAAAGAUAAGU